AUGCGACGCGUAUGUAUAGUCAUUGGAUUGCAAGAGGACCUGGAUGAAGUGCAGCGGGAAGCUGACGAAGUGGCAGCCGCUGCCAAAGCAUCUGGACUGUUUCACGAGGUACAUGAGCUCAUCGCUCGGGAAGCCACGGUGACGACUUUCCGCGCAACCAUUCAGCAAGCUGUCGCCGACUUGACCAACAACUCAAAGCUGGUAAUCUUUUAUGCUGGACAUGGCAGCCUUCACGACGGCUUCACGUGGGUCAAGGUAGGGGAAGACAGGAUCCCUCUUGAGACAGAAGUUUUGUCACAAACAUCGAGUUAUCGUGCCCUGGACGUUGGGUUCAUUUUCUCUUGUUGUCAGGAUGAUCUAAAGGACCCAAAGUCAGAUCGAGAUACAUUGCCGGACCUCCGACAGAUUGCUGAAGAUGCAACGGUGAUCAAGAUGUAUGCAUGCCCAGAAGGUUGCAAAGUGGUGGAUUCAUUCCUCCUCGGAUUUGCCUUUGCAUACCAUUUGCGAAAGAAGCCCCGUGAUCUGAAUUCUUUGCUAAGAUUUGUACGUGACGAUGUUCUUCAAUUGUCAAUGGGCCACAUUGAACCACACCUUGACGACGGUUCUUCGACUCCCAGUAUCGUCUUGAACGAUGGUCCAUCAGAUGGGUUUCGCAACAUCAUGGAGAAGACUCAGCUUAAGCUCUUUAGGAGCGCCUUUCUUUUAUCUCAUCACGUCUUCGAAGUCGUGCAAGAAAACAUGAAGCAGGGGGAUGCUGCACUGAGUUUUGCGCAAGCGCGGCAGGCAAUUUCGGACAUGGCAGAUCUGGUUGCUAGCUUCGGGGACCGAGUUACAAACUUAUCCGUUCAGUUGAGUGUGCUGCCCAAUUCAGAACUAUUGGAUAUUUUUCAGACAUUGGAGGAGUGGCUUCAAUGUGAAGGACGAGAUGAAGACGUAAGCCUACGUGCUGAAGACAAAUCAAGCUUUGACCGUUGGAAUGGUCUACCGGCAAAGACUCGAGACAAGCUGUAUUCUGCACUGAGGAAGGUCUCUGAUUCAGUGAAUCAAGAAGAUCAAGCUGUGCUGUUCCGACAGUUCCUUGCCCUCCUGUCUUACGAAGAGGGUAGACAGAUUUUACAUCAAGACAGCGCGACAGAGCAAUCGACUGCCCAAGCAGCCCAAGCCUCCGAGGUGUCUGCAUCCUGUUUGUGCAUUGAAGGAGCUGAUGGAGCAAGCUUCACAAAGGAUCAGCGGCAACGGUUGCAGGACAAGCUUAGUGAUCUUAUGUCAGAGAUGGGUAUACUUGACAGCGCAGGCUUCAUCCUAGCAGGCAGCAUCUGGAUUGUAAUCUGUACGGUGAAGCCGCUGUCUGCCAAACAACGGGAUGACUUAGCCACACGUCUUGAAUUGUACGUGAAAGAAUGCAAAAACGGAAAGCAUGGUCCGCACAGUGCCCUUGCUUGGAUGUUUGCCAAAUCUGUGGAGUUAGUGAACAGUGCCCUUGUUCCCAUCAGCGUCUCGCAUCGUGUUCGCUUUGCUAGAGAUUUCCAUAAACAAAUACCUGCCUUUGAUGGUCCCAUCUGGCUGGAUGUCAAAGCAAUCAAGGAGGUUGUUGCCAAAGUGCGCAACGUUGCUUUCAGAAGACCAGCUAUUUGGGCGGGACCUAUCCGCGUUUUUCAGCACGGUCAGGAGCUUCAAGAUAGUCAUUUGUUGCGCAACACAAGUGGUCUUCAGAUCACAAUGGAGAGACGCUGGCAAGACUUGACAUGGCCAGCAGGUUUGGAAGAGGCUAUGUCGAAGUUGUCCCAGAAACAGGAUGAGCAGCCGCCCUGGGAAGAGAGGCCGAGUUUCCAAGACUUUGCUUUGGCCAUAAAAGGCUUGUGCAGCUCAGCCGAUGACGCGCUGUCCGGGCUUUUCAUCCAAGGCGUUCGGGACAUCCUUCAAAAUGAAAAACUGGUGGACGAGUGCAAAGACCCUUAUGAAUUGUUGACAGAGGUCAUGCAUAACUUACUUGCUAGCGCAGUCGACACGCUCACAUCCAUGAAGGCAGCCAUCGCGGACCUGGACCGUGCCUUGCAGCUGGAGCCCCAAAGCGCCUUCGCGCUGGAGAAGCGAGGCGAUGCCAAGCUUGGGCAGGGCAAGUAUGCAGAGGCCAUCGCGGACCUGGACCGUGCCUUGCAGCUGGAGCCCCAAAGCGCCUUCGCGCUGGAGAAGCGAGGCGAUGCCAAGCUUGGGCAGGGCAAGUAUGCAGAGGCCAUCGCGGACCUGGACCGUGCCUUGCAGCUGGACCCCCAAAGCGCCUUCGCGCUGGAGAAUCGAGGCGAUGCCAAGCUUGGGCAGGGCAAGUAUGCAGAGGCCAUCGCGGACCUGGACCGUGCCUUGCAGCUGGACCCCCAAAGCGCCUUCGCGCUGGAGAAGCGAGGCGAUGCCAAGCUUGGGCAGGGCAAGUAUGCAGAGGCCAUCGCGGACCUGGACCGUGCCUUGCAGCUGGAGCCCCAAAGCGCCUUCGCGCUGGAGAAGCGAGGCGAUGCCAAGCGCAUGCAGGGCAAGUAUGCAGAGGCCAUCGCGGACCUGGACCGUGCAAAAGCCGAAGUCCAAACUCAACAGGAUGCUCCGAUCUCCCAGGAUCCUUUGGAAGCUUUAGAGCAUCCAGCCCUUAAAGAGUUACACGCUCAAUUGGCCGCUUUUCCACUGACCCUCAGCAGCCUGGUCAAGGCCUUGACUGUGGCGCCGUCCAUGAUUGAUGCACCCAACUUCCUGGCGUUUGUCAGUGUGUUGCAAGAAGUUACUCGGCCGGUGACCACACGCGGCCCAAGCAGUAUGUCUUCCGUGCAAGAUGAAGUAGAUCAAGAAGUUGCUGCGAUGUUGGAAGCCUUGCCCAGCAACAUCGAGAACUCGGGGUCUGAAUCGGCCCUCUCGGAUUUCAUUGCUGAGUGGAGGUAG